AGCUGACUUCACUUUGUCUGAUUACUGGCAUUGCACUCUGCCACGACCUGCCCUUGAUUAUCCUAUAUUCCUGCGCAACGUGAAGAAUAUUCAGAGCCUGAGUAAUGGACAAGGACAAUCGAGAUGACUUUACCUUCGCAAAACUAAGCGAUCUCAGGUUCCCCGUCACAUUCAGAAUAUCUCAACUGGAAGGCACACGACAUCCGAGACCGUUUACGGAACUGUUGGAGAAGCCUGACCUACGGUUCCAUGGGGUGCAGCACCCCGGUUUCUCGGAUCUCUACGUCACUUGUCAACUUGUUGCCGAUAACAAGCCAUUGACCAUCCCAUUUCGAACUUCAUUUAAAUCAUUCAAGAAAGACUACACAUGGAAUGAAUGGAUUACACUGCCGAUACGAUACUGCGACCUUCCACUCAACGCACAGAUUACCUUCACUGUAUGGGAUAUCUCAGGCCCGCGUUCUGCUACGCCUGUUGGGGGUUCGACAUUCCGUUUGUUCGGGAAGAACUGGACUCUUCGUAGAGGAAAACAUCGCCUCCUAUUAUGGCCUGAUCGUGAAGCAGACGGAGCAAUGGACACUACAACGGCUAGUAAGGUGGGAACAAGGGAUGAGAUGGGUCGAUUGGAGAAGCUCGUGAAGAAAUAUGAACGUGGCGACCUGCCCAAGUCAGAUUGGCUUGAUGCACUUGCCUUCCGGAAAAUGGCAGAGAUACAUGCAGCAGAAACUGAGAAGUCCGAUAACCUUUACCUCUACAUCGACCUUCCCAGGUUCGAUUUCCCCGUAAUCUUCAGUGAACCUGAAGCAAUACCUGUCGCUUCCACAUCAACGGCAACAGCAGUAACGGCAGUUUCACCAGCAUUAGUCCAAGCACCAUCUAGUCUCGCCUCUGACCCUCACUUGUGGGCGAUAGUGGACCCUGACAUUGCAAAGGAGAACCCCGUUGAAGACAAACAUCGUAGACUCGUUCGAAGUCAUCGAAGCAGCCCAUACGAUCGGGAGCUCAAGCCGAACGCUAAGAUUCGUGAUGAGCUAAACGAAAUAAUGAACUACGCGCCAAGUCAACCUCUGACAUCCGAAGAGAAAGACAUCAUUUGGAAGUUUAGAUUCUACUUGACGAGAGACAAACGUGGCCUUACCAAGUUUCUCAAGUCCGUGACUUGGCGUGACCCUUCGGAAGUCAAGCAAGCUGUUGAGGAGCUUUUACCUCAGUGGACUGAGAUUGAUAUCGACGAUGCCCUUGAACUUCUGGGGCCGGGUACAGUUGACUCCCGUGUCAGGGCUUUCGCUGUAAAGCAGCUCGACCGCGCGGACGACGAGGAACUUCUACUGUAUCUUUUGCAACUAGUUCAAGCACUCAAAUUCGAAAGUGCCGCAAGCGACCAGCGCUCCGCUCGCUCAACCUCAAGUGCGAUUUCGUAUGAUGACAGUGGUCUGGCUGACUUCCUGAUAUCACGAGCCGUGCGGAAUCUGAUACUCGGGAACCGAUUUUAUUGGUAUCUCAUGGUGGAGGUUGCGCUCGAAGAUCGUGUUAUGGCGAAGAUGUAUGGUAGGGUUGUGUUCAAAUACAUGAACAAGAUUCUCGAGUCGGAGAACGGAGCAGAACGUCGCGAUAUGAUGCGUCGUCAAGGCGAACUUAUCGCUGCUCUAUCAAAGCGUGCGAAGGAACUACGUACUUCCAAAGACCCUCGGCCAAAGAAGAUAGACAAAUUACGUGCGUUCUUGGCCGAUUCCAAACAUGGCCUUGCGACCAUGCAUCCUUUGCCCCUACCACUCAACGCUCGUAUCGAGGUUACUGGAAUCAUACCCGAGAAGUCGAGCGUCUUUAAAUCCAACAUGUUCCCUAUGCUGCUCUACUUCCAAUGCAGUGACGGUUCGGAAUACCCCGUUAUUUUUAAAGAUGGUGAUGACAUGCGACAAGACCAACUUGUUAUACAGCUCUUCACCCUGAUGGACAGACUACUCCGGAAGGAAAAUCUGGAUCUCAAGGUGACUCCAUAUGACGUUUUGGCUACGGGACCAACGCAGGGUAUGGCGCAGUUCAUCCCGAGCAAGACUAUUGCUGCGAUCGUUAGCGAGAAUGGAACGCUUUUGAAUUAUAUGCGCGCACAUUAUCCUGAUGAGGGGAGUGUGGGGACGUUUGGUGUCGAACCUGUGGUCAUUGAUACCUUUGUUCGCAGUUGCGCUGGGUACUGUGUCAUGACGUAUUUGCUCGGUGUCGGUGAUCGUCACUUAGACAAUCUGCUCCUCACACCCGAUGGUCAUUUUUUCCAUGUUGAUUUUGGAUACAUCUUAGGACGAGACCCCAAACCGCUAGCGCCACCGGUGAAAGUCUGCAAAGAAAUGGUCGAUGCCAUGGGAGGCGUACAAUCGGUCCAUUACGCUCGGUUUAAGAACUUCUGCUUCACAGGUUUCACCAUCCUGCGGAAGAGUGCUAACCUCAUUCUAAAUCUUGUCACCCUCAUGGUGGAUGCAAAUAUACCACACAUCAAACAUCGUGACGUACAUGAACAAGUGUUGGGCAAGUUCUGUUUGGACUUGACGGAAGAACAAGCCAUCGAACAUUUCGAGAAGCUGUUGAAUGAUAUCUCGCCAUUUACCGCAGUGCUGGAUAGGAUGCACGAUUGGGCACAGUAUUGGAGGAGUUAGGUAGACUUUGAUUUACGGCGAUGUUGUCUACUCAUUGUGUGUAUAUAUAUAUACCUAUGGAUAUGACCUUGUAAAUUAUGUGAGAAGCAUACGCUGGUCACAA